GUUAUGGAUAAUUUCCUAUAUGGAGGUGGUUAUGAUUUGAACAACAACCUUUCUCAAAGGAAUAAUCAAAUGGAAAUGAUGGUUACAAACCAAAAUUAUUUUCCAUUCAAUAUUUCUCAAGAAACCAAGCCUUUGAAUAGUGUUGUACCAGAUGAAGUCUCAUGCAUAUCCUCAGUGAAUUAUUACAAAAGAGUUGGCAUGAACAGAAAUAAUAAGGCAUAUCCUUAUGCCUCUAGGAAGCCUGAGAAAGUUAAAAAGAAGAUCAACUUUAUAAAAGGGCAAUGGACAGUAGAAGAAGAUCGGUUGUUGGUUCAGCUGGUUGGAGAACAUGGUUUGAGGAAAUGGUCUCAUAUUGCUGAGAAUUUGCCUGGUAGAAUUGGAAAACAAUGCAGAGAAAGAUGGCAUAAUCAUCUAAAGCCUGACAUUAAGAAGGACAUAUGGAGUGAGGAAGAGGACAACAUAUUGAUCAAAGCACAUGAAGAGAUAGGAAACAAAUGGGCAGAGAUAGCUAAAAGGUUACCAGGAAGAACUGAAAACUCAAUCAAAAACCAUUGGAAUGCAACAAAGAGAAGACAAUACUCCAAAAGAAAGGGUAGAUCAAAGUACCCUAAAGGAACUCUUCUACAAAAAUAUAUCAAGAGCUUAAACCUAGACGAAAAUCCUCCGAAAGAUUAUAGAAGAAAACCUUCAGCUAAUGCUAUAAAAAACAAAACCAACAGAAGCACAACAAUAUCCUCUCAGUCUCAACAAACUGAACAAUUUUUUCCCAAUGAUCAGUGUUUGGUACCAACUUGUGAUUUUGAUGAUGUCCCGGAUUUUUCUUUCGAUGAGAAUUUGUUUCAAAAUGGGUGUAGUAUUGAUUCUCUACUAGAUGAUAUGCAAUGUGCUGAAGCUGAUCAAAUUAUGGAAGGAAAAAAACAUUUUGAUGUUGAGACAGAAAUGCCAUUGGAUAUUAUGGAAUCUAUGCUUGGAGUUGAAGUUAAGAAGGAGAUGGAUUUGAUGGAGAUGGUUUUUUCAGGUCAACGAAAAUUUUCAAGUGACUCAUUUUUUGGUAAUGACAUCAACAUUGGUUUGUGAUAACAUGGCACUAUGUUUAGUUAUUUAUUUCAACAAGUAUGUGUUUUUUGGAGAAAAUUCAGAAAGAUGGAGCUUGGACUCUUGAGUUUCAGAAGCACAAAAAUGCAGUGAG